AUGGCCUCAUUUGAAGAUUACGAUGAGUUCGGAAACUAUAUUGGUGCUGAUUUGGACUCUGAUGACGAAGAGGAUGUCCCGCAUCAUGAGUUCAUUCAGCAGCAGGCACAGGCUCAGCCACUUGAGGGUUUUGACGACGAGCCUAUGCAGACAAAUGAGGAAACUGCACUGAUGGAAAUUGACGAACCUAUACACAAUGCAGUUGUUCUGCAUGAAGACAAGCAGUACUAUCCGUCAGCGGAGGAAGUUUAUGGGGCCGACGUGGAGACUUUAGUGCAAGAAGAGGACGCGCAGCCAUUAUCUGAGCCUAUCAUUGCACCGAUUAAAGUGCGAAAAUGGGCAGUGGAGGAGAAGGAUAUGCCGGAAACUCGGUUCGACAAAGGGUUCAUGCUGAACAUGACUGCCUUCCCUGAAUUUAUCCGGAAUGUUGCAAUUGUUGGACACCUGCAUCAUGGCAAGACAGCACUCAUGGAUAUGUUGGUAUUUGAAACCCACAAGAUGUUAUGGGACUCAGAUCAUCAGACUCGUUACACAGACACUCAUGUUCUCUCGCGUGAGCGCGGUAUAUCUAUUAAGUCUUCGCCUAUGUCGUUAGUUUUGUCAACAAGCGCGGGCAAAUCGCAUCUGAUUCAUCUGGUUGAUACGCCAGGCCACGUCAACUUCGUAGACGAAGUUGCGUCGGCAGUCCGGCUAGUUGACGGUGUAAUCCUGAUGGUAGACGUUGUGGAGGGUGUUAUGGUCAACACUGAACAUAUCAUCCGUCACUGUCUGCAAGAGGGCGUCAAAAUGACACUUGUGGUUAACAAACUUGACAGGCUUAUCCUCGAGCUACGGGUCAAGCCUGCAGACGCCUACUACAAAAUCAAGCACACUAUCGAGGAAGUUAAUACUAUCAUUAGCGGCAUUAAUCCCGACCCAGAGCUGCGCCUAAGUCCCGAGAAUGGCAAUGUGGCAUUCGCCAGUACGGAUAUGCACUGGUGUUUCACUCUUCGCUCAUUUUCCCAGAUGUAUGCCGACACAUAUGGUCCUCUAGAUGUACCUGCAUUCGCUGACAGACUUUGGGGAAAUAUCUACUUCAAUCCAGAAACGCGCAAGUUCAUGCGCAAGCCUGCAGACCCAGAAAUGAACAGGUCCUUUGUCCAUUUCAUACUAGAGCCUUUGUACAAGUUAUAUAGUCAAGUGCUUAGCGAAGAAACGGACGACCUGAAAGUGACUUUGCAAAGUCUGGGCAUUCGGCUGGCCCCAGUGAUGUAUAAAAUGGACGUUCGUCCACUUUUGAAGGCGGUACUCGACCAGUUCUUCGGACCUGCUGUGGGGCUUGUGGAUAUGAUCACUGAACAUAUUCCUUCUCCUAUCGAGGCAGCUACGAGCAAGGUUGAGCGCACCUACACGGGUCCUAUGUCUUCAGAACUAGUUUCCGCAAUGAAGACUUGUGAUCCUGAGGGUCCCGUUAUGGUGCAGAUCACGAAGCUUUACCAUACUACUGAUGCCCAGGCUUUCAGAGCCUUCGGGCGUAUCAUCUGUGGCACCUUACGGAAGGGGAUGGAUGUUAAAGUCCUCGGCGAGGGAUAUUCACCAGAAGACGAGGAAGACAUGGCCAAGACUAUAGUAGAAGACAUUUGGCUCAGUGAAGCAAGAUACUUUAUUCCUGCGGAAGAAGUACCAGCGGGUAAUUUGGUCUUGCUGGGCGGCAUCGAUGCAUCAAUCACGAAAACUGCAACCUUAGCUUCUACAGACAUUGAGGACGACUUGCAUAUAUUCCAACCCGUCAAGCACAUGACACAAUCUGUCCUCAAAAUUGCUAUCGAACCUAUUGCUCCUUCAGAAUUACCCAAAAUGCUGUCUGGCCUCCGAAGUGUGAACAAGUCGUACCCAUUGGUAUCCACAAAAGUGGAGGAGAGUGGCGAGCAUGUACUCAUCGGCACAGGCGAACUUUACCUCGAUUGUGUCAUGCACGAUUUGCGGAGGCUUUUCUCUGAGAUCGAGAUCAAGGUGUCGGAUCCAGUGACGAAGUUCUGUGAAACUGUGCUAGAGACAAGCGCACUGAAGUGUUAUGCAGAUACACCGAACAAGAAGAACCGGAUCACUAUGAUUGCGGAACCUCUCGAACGGGGGAUUGCGGAGGACAUCGAAACCGGCCGAGUGUCGAUGCGCAUAUCUGCUAAGGAACGAGGCAAAUUCUUCGAGGAAAAAUAUCAAUGGGAUCUACUUGCAUCCCGAUCAAUCUGGGCAUUUGGACCAGAUGAUAGUGGUCCAAAUGUGCUAUUGGACGAUACGCUGCCAUCGCAGAUUGACAAGAAAAUGCUUGGUACGGUCAAAGAGCACAUUAAGCAGGGUUUCCAAUGGGGUGCUCGGGAGGGCCCGCUUUGUGACGAACCUAUGCGCAAUGUCAAGUUUCGGAUAUUAGAUGCAGGUCUUGCGCAGGAGCCAAUUUUCCGUGGUGGAGGUCAAAUUGUCCCUACCGCGCGGCGUGUCUGCUACUCUUCUUUCUUAAUGGCAACCCCUCGCCUCAUGGAACCUGUCUACUUUGUGGAAGUACAAGCACCAGCGGACUGCAUAUCAGCAGUGUAUACGGUCCUCGCUCGUCGGCGUGGUCAUGUUACACAGGACAUCCCUAAAGCAGGCUCACCGCUUUAUACGGUGAAAGCGCUGAUUCCAGUGAUUGACGCAAAUGGCUUUGAGACCGACUUGAGAACAGCAACACAAGGCCAGGCGUUCUGUCUGCAAGUGUUUGAUCACUGGUCGAUUGUACCGGGCGACCCCACCGACACUAGCAUUAAAUUGCGGCCACUGGAGCCCGCGUCCGGCCAAGCGUUGGCUCGGGACCUGGUGCUAAAGACUCGUCGGCGAAAAGGUCUCGGAGAUCAGAUCGCCGUGUCAAAAUAUCUCGACGACGAGUUUAUAGCUACUGGAAUCAAGGCACCAUUCCUCGAGCAGUUUACAGAUGACUGGUCUGACCGGUGGACCCCUUCGGAAGCCACCAAGAAGACCCCUGUUGGCGGCGAGACUUUCAGCUAUGUUGGCAAAUGGGAGGUUGAGGAACCCACGAUAUCUGUCAUUGAUGGCAGCAAAGGUCUUGUUGCAAAGACUAAGGCUGCUCACCAUGCUAUCUCUGCUCCUUUUGCCGAGGCUGUUGACUUCAGUAACAAGCCUUUGGUUGUGCAGUAUGAGGUCAAGUAUCAGAAAGGUGGUAACUGCGGUGGUGGAUACAUCAAGCUCUUGGAGGAUGGAUUCCAGACAGAGGGCAAGGAAUUUUCUGACAAGACACCAUGGACAAUCAUGUUCGGUCCCGAUCUAACUUGUCCGGGAACGAAGAUCCACUUCAUUUUCCGUCACAAAAACCCUAUUACUGGCGAAUUCGAGGAGAAGCAUCUCCGGGCUCCUCCCAAGCCCUCUAUUGAGAAACUCACUAACCUGUAUACUCUCGUUCUCAACCCUGACAACACUUUUGAUGUCUUGUUCAAUGGUGAAAGCAAAGCCUCUGGCAACCUUCUCGAGGACUUCGAUCCCGCCGUCAACCCCCCUAAGGAGAUUGAUGACCCGGAAGAUAAGAAGCCUGAAGAUUGGGUUGACACUAAGAGGAUCGCCGACCCUGAUGCCAAAAAGCCUGAUGACUGGGAUGAGAACGAGCCUUAUGAAAUCCUCGAUGAGGACGCUGUGAAGCCUGAUGGUUGGCUCGAUGAUGAGUCCGAGACCAUCCCUGAUCCUGAUUCCGAGAAACCCGAAGAAUGGGACGACGAGGAAGACGGCGACUGGAUUGCUCCUAUGGUUCGCAACCCAGCUUGUGAUGAGGCCCCGGGCUGUGGUGAAUGGAAGCGCCCUAUGAAGGCUAAUCCUAACUACAAGGGCAAGUGGUACGCCCCCAUGAUUGACAACCCCGCGUACAUCGGAGAAUGGGCCCCUCGUAAGAUCCCUAACCCAGACUAUUACGAAGAUCUUACCCCGGUGAAGAGUCUGAAUAAGAUUGGCGGUGUUGGCAUUGAGCUCUGGACUAUGACCGAGGACAUCCUCUUCGAUAACAUCUAUAUUGGCCACUCUGUUGAAGAUGCGAAGGCGUUGCAAGCUGAGACCUUUGAUGUCAAGCACCCUCUCGAGGUCGAACAAUCAAAGGUCAAGAAGGUUGAAUCGAUCGACGAGGAUGAUGAAGUUUCUUUCGCUGAGGACCCUAUUGAGUACUUGCGCACCAAGAUCUUCAAAUUCAUUGAUCUCGCCCAGCUUGACCCUAUACUCGCAUUCAAGACCCAGCCUGAGGUUGGCGCUGUUCUUGCUCUCUCGGUCGUCACUUUCUUCGGCAUGCUUGGCAUGUUGUUCGGUCUCGUCGGCGGUUCGCAGAAGACUGUCACUAAGUCUGCAAAGAAGACGGAUGCUCCUACUCCAGAUGACAAGGCGAAGUCUGAGGCCGCGCCUGUCGCCCCUGCGGGUGGCGAGAAGGCGGCGGAUACCCCUGUUAAGAAACGGAAGUAA